UUUAAUUUCUAUAGAGAAAUAUGUUUUUAAAUUUAUUUAAAAGGCAUCAUAAAUAUGCAGCUCCUCCAGGACCCAAAUUACAAUCACUCAAGGAAGCAAUAACGUCGAAACUAAAUCCGAUAUGUUUCUAUGUCAAAAAUGACCCAAACUAUUCAACAUAUGUAUAUGAUGAACAUUUUACCGGAAUCUUAUGUUCUCCACUUUUUGAAGGAAAAACAUACGCCGAAAUUAAUCAAAUAGUCAAUAAUAUUCUUGAGCCUUUAGAGUUAAAGGGAAGAGUUCAUUUGAACUGCCAGCCUCCAUCGCAAUACAAUAAACUUAAAAGACAUAUUCGUCUUCGUUGGAGUUUAGAACGCUAAAUAUUGAAAUUUACACUCACAUUUGUAACAUAUAAAUCACAUAAUUUC